AAAUAACUUGGUCACUUUUAGCUUUGAAACGAAUAAUUAUUAGACAAAAAAGAACAUACUUGUUAUGAAUUGUUGCUACACCUGUCGGUUUGGAGAUGGGGAUUCAUCUGAUCCCAGGGGUGCAAAGUUAAGCAUUUUACUGGUGUAGGCUGAUAACAAGUUCUGUAGAGGACUUAUUCACUAAAGGAGCCGAAUAUUAACUGCUGGCUGUAAGAAAUGACAGAAUUGAUCUUGAUCAUUGGUUUGUUGGUCGAUUUAUUAACAUUUCUAAUGUUUUUUUUUAUUUCUGCAGAAGACAGAAAUGAUGUUGACAAUGCUGAACCAGAGAGGAAGAGGUUUAGGAGUCAAACAGAGGGUGGCGUGGAUGAACCAGAUAACCUCAAUAGUCUCAAUAUUUCACCGAAUCUCAAGACCUUAUUUACCAUGGCCAAACUGGAAGACUGGGUCUCUGAUCCUGAGAACAACCAAAAACUGAUUGAUGACCUGGAGAAGAAGCUCGCUCAGGGUGAAAUGGAGGGUCUGGAGGAUUAUCUGGAGGAUAAGAAGCUGAAAAAGAGUCUGUGCAUUACUGCUAAAGAGAUCAAAGAGAUCAGACGUAAAAGAGAAUUAAAGUUGUUUCUCGAACAGAAAGAAAAAGCUAAAUUUCCUAAAUCGAUGUUAGGGUUGUUUUUUGAAAAGGACAAAGACCAUGUUACACCUGCAAAAGUAUCGAUGUUGGUAGAAAAUGAUGAUGAAGAAGAGUCCAUGCAGAUAAAUGCAGAAGAGUCAGGCAGUAGUGGAUAUGGCUCACAGUCACAAACUAACGACCAGUUAGAGCUUGCUACGAGCCUUCAUACCAUCAGUCACCCAAGAGACACUGACGUUCCAUGUAGUGAGAAGAAAACUAGCAACGGCGAGUCCAAAAACGCUGAUCUGGACUGUGUAAUGCCAGCAGAAGAGCUUGGUUCUCGAUCAUUACUGACACGUGACCCUACAGUCAUCCAGAAGAAAGAUAAACUUCUACCAACAGAGGACCUGCAGGAGGUACAGUUUAAGAAUACACCUCAAACAUCGGAUGUUCCGAAAUCUGAGAAGGAUGUUUAUGAUGGUCAUCAGAAUAAGUGUUGCGGUACAUCUCUACCUGCUGUAGUGGACGAGCCAAUGCAAAACAAGGGGCUGCAAGAACUUCAGUGUAAAGAAAGAAGUGGUUCUGAUGUUCCAAAUCAUCCAGAUGUUCUUGAUAUCCAUCAGGGCCAGAUUAAGUGUUACGGUACCUCUCUACCUGCUGUAGCAGACGACCUGAUGCAAAAUGAGGAGCUGCAAGAUCUUCAGUGUAAAGAAAGAAAUGGUUCAGAUGUCCUAAAGCAUUCAGAUGUUUUUGAUGGUGAUCAGAAUGAGAAUUACGGUACCUCUCUACAUGCAGUAGUGGACGAGCCAAUGCAAAAUGAGGGGCUGCAAGAACGUCAGUGUAAAGAAAGAAAGGGUUCUGAUAUCUUAAAUCAUCCAGAUGACGCACGGCAAAACAUGGACAUACAAGAGAAUGUGUACGAACCAAAUGAGCAUUUUAACCCCACGUCUGUUUACAGUGGGUUUAGUGAUCCAGCUGUGAAUUCUGUGACGGAUCAAGAUAAAGUACAGUCACUGGGUCAUGCUGAAAGUUUCUCAGAACUAUUUCCUACAGACAACCAAAGUACACCUUUAAAUGAGACCAAGAAAAGAAACAAUAACAGAAAGAAAGUGCUGAAGGAAAAUAAGCUGAAGAAGAUGAAGAAAAUGACGGACCGGGACAUUGUGCUCCGUAACUGGGCUAUGAAACAAUGCAGCGGCAAUGAGGGCGAGAUAAAGGAAGUAUUUGAUUGUAUAUUGAUCAGUGAUGUUGUGGAACACAGCGAGUACUCGUUUCUAAAGGCUGAAAAUGUCAUGAACUAUAAGAACCCAAAAACUGGUGUAAAUAAAAUGAUUUACCUCACUGACGAGAAAAAGCUCUCAAUCGACACAAAAACUCUGCUCCAGUUUAACAUGUACGUGUGUGACAUUCCAACGACGAUCGUCUUAGGUCCUCAAGAGGAAGAGAGGAGCAUCGACAGGUCUUUCACUAUAGACCAGUACCUGUGGUGCAUUUCAAAGGUUUUUGUUCCUGCUCUUGCUGUGUACAAAAAAAUCCAGCGAGAGAAAAAGUUGUACUCUCUGAUUUGAGAACGGGGGAAAAUCCGAAGCCAUCCGGUCACAUUUAAUUGUACAGAAUUUUAAAAACAUUUUCUUAAAGCAGAACUAAAUGAAACACGAAAGUAUUCAUUAAACGAGUUAUAAUCACCUUCAAGCAUCUCAGUACCCAGAUUAUUCAGUGUAAUACAGUAAAAACUCAAUGCCACCACCAACUUGGACAGACAAAGGUCAGGUGGGGUCACUUACCGCUGCAAUAUGAUAUCUUUGGGAAUGGGGUUGGAGGGAGGGAAUGGGGUUGGAGGAAGGGAAUGGGGUAAGGCACCGUGACUGGCCAGCAGAGGGUGUUGCUGCAGCACUUGACCGCUGUCCCUUCCACUUACAGACACCCAGCCAGUCGUGUGCCUGUGCACAGCUGAGAACUUGGAUCUCAAAGUUAUAUAUGCUUAUUAAAAAUGAUGCUUUUUGUUGUUUGCAGUAUAAUUACUGAUUUAUUUUCCUGAUUACAGCUGACUUAUUUUAAAAUGUCUGCAAAUUACAUUAAAAUAAAAUCUUUUUUAUUAUUCA